AUGUUGAUUACUAACACCACAGGAUAUAUCGUUGUUGCCUAUGGACCUUAUUUAUCCGAUAGUUCAAACAAUGGCGCAGCCAUGCAAAAAGAUAUAUUGAUCAAAAAUAAGGAUGGUAUUUUAAAUUGGAUUGCUGAACAUGAUAUAGUAGUAGUAGACAGGGGUUUCCGGGAUAGUACUGGAAUGGUGCAAGCUUUAGGCCUUGAUGUAUGUAUGCCAGAUUUUCUUAAUGGUCGACGCCGAUUCGAUGCACUUGAAGCAAAUCGAUCACGCUUUAUUAGCAAAAUUCGUUUGGUGGUUGAAUCGGCUAAUGGUCGGGUUCGUGAUUACGUACAGAUUGCUUGUGCUCCUGUUAAUACUUACCGAGCCCCUGCUAUUUCUUCGUUUUCAAAUGAUGAUCAAAUUGCUGCCAAGAUGUUAGCCUGCCUUCAUGAACCAAAUUUACUUCGUACACGCCUUAACAACGAAAUUCUCCAUUGGUCGAACAACGAUGCAUCAGACCUUGCUCAUUUUCCAAUUCUUACACUUGAUCAAAUUCGAUUAAUCACCGUCGGUAUGUAA